AUGCAGUCGCUCAACAUCACCCCGGAGCAGUUCUGGCUGCUGCGGGACCACAACCCGACACGGGCGCAGCUCAUCGCGCUGUACGGGCUGCGGCCGCUCCCGCAGCUGCCUGGGCGCGCCAAGCUGGCCUUCGUGCUCACCGGCGUGAUCAUCUUCGCCCUGGCGCUCUUUGGCAACGCGCUGGUGGUCUACUUGGUGACCCUCAGCGAGGCCAUGCGCACCGUCACCAACGUCUUCACCUGCUCCUUGGCGCUCAGCGACCUGCCCAUCGCCUUCCUCUGCAUCCCGGUCACUACACUCGAGAACAUAUUCAACAACUGGCUGGGGGAAUUAAGUACAGAUGUAUUUGGCUCUGCCGAGUUGUAUUCUGAUGAUUUUAACGUUUUUGCACGUAUGGUCUGGCUGGUGGCAGUCAUAACAGGCUCCCCCAUGUGGCAUGUGCAACGACUUGUGAUUAAGUAUAACUUCUUAUAUGAAAAAGAACACAUCUGCUUCUUGGAAGAGUGGACCAGCUCUGGGCACCAGAAAAUCUAUACUACCUUCAUCCUUGUCAUCCUCUUCCUCCUCCCUCUUAUGGUGAUGCUUAUCCUGUACAGUAAGAUCGGCUAUGAACUUUGGAUAAAGAAAAGAGUGGGGGAUGGCUCAGUCAUUCAAACUAUUCAUGGAAAAGAAAUGUCAAAAAUUGCUAGGAAGAAGUGAGCUGUUGUUAUGAUGGUGACAGUGGUGGCUCUCUUUGCUCUGUGCUGGGCACCUUUCCACGUUGUUCACAUGAUGACUGAAUACAGCAAUUUUGAAAAGGAAUAUGAUGAGGUUACAAUCAAGAUGAUUUUUGCUGUAGUUCAAAUAAUUGCAUUUUCCAAUUCCACCUGUAAUCCAAUUGUUUAUGCACUUAUGAAUGAAAUUAAAAAAAAUUUUUAUCUGCAGUUUAUUAUUGCAUUAGUAAAAGAAACAUUUUCCCCAGCACAAAGGCAGGGAAAUUCAGGAAUUACGAUGAUGCAGAAGAAAGCAAAGUUUUCCCAGAAAGAGAACCCAGUAGAGGAGACCACAGGAGAUGCAUUCAGUGAUGGCAACAUUGGAGUCAAGUUGUGUGAACAACCCGAGGAGAAAAAACAUCUCAAACGACAUCUUGCCCUCUUUGAUUCUGAGUUUUCUGCUUUAGGCAGUGGGCAUUAA